AUGGGAGCGGCAUACGGGACGGCGAAAAGCGGUGUUGGUGUGGCGUCGAUGGGAGUGAUGAGGUCGGAGUUGGUGAUGAAGUUGAUUAUGGCGGUGGUUAUGGUUGGAGUGUUAGGUAUUUACGGGUUGAUUAUUGUUGUGAUUAUCAGUACCAAGAGUAACCCAAAGGCCAAAUCUUAUUAUCUCUUUGCUGGAUAUACUCAUCUUUGCUCUGGUCUUGCUUGUGGCCUUGCUAGUCAUUCUACUGGUAUGGCUAUCGAAAUUGUUGGUGAUGCUGGUGUUAGGUAA